CGGAUUGGUCGGAAAGUAGGUUAGUGGUGCGACAUUUAGGGAAGGCAGAAAGUAGGUCAGGGACGGAGGUGCCUGUUUACCCGCGCCGGACUCACCGCCGCCGCCGCCGCGGGAUCCGAGUGGGGGCGCGGACGCGGGCGCUCCCGCGAGCCUCGGUGGUGCUGGUUAGAGUACACACUUUUGGAUCCAAAGUUAAGUUUUCAAAUGUGGAAUCCUAGGCCUUCACUGGUUUCUGGAAGAAGUUGACUGCCUGAAAGGAAACUACAAAACAUGAGACUCGCUUUGAGGUGACCAAUAAGUCCCGUGGCCCCUUGCUCCGCCCAGGGUGGAUCUGAGCUUUAAGAACUAUAACUUCAGAUGAAGAAACUUGAGCCCAGGGAGAGGGAGUGACCGCCCCAGUCACCUGGUGUGGAGCUGGGACCCCCGUGUGGGUGGGCAGCGCACGGGCCCUCCCUCUUCGACUUGGUUUGGAGUUGGAGUCCCUUGCAAGUUGCAGACCUCCAAUGGCUGACCAGAGAAUGGACAUUUCUUCGACAAUCAGUGACUUCAUGUCCCCAGGCCCCACCGACCUCCUCUCCAGCCCCCUCGGCACCAGUGGCAUGGAUUGCAACCGGAAGCGGAAAGGCAGCUCCACCGACUACCAACUUGAUGACUUUUCUUUUGAAGAAAGCAUGGACACAGACAAAGACGACCCUCACGGAAGGUUAGACUACACAGAGCACCAAGGAAGGAUAAAAAAUGCAAGGGAAGCUCACAGUCAGAUUGAGAAGAGGCGUCGGGAUAAAAUGAACAGUUUCAUUGAUGAGUUGGCUUCCCUGGUGCCCACGUGCAACGCCAUGUCCAGGAAGUUAGAUAAGCUUACCGUGCUGAGGAUGGCCGUUCAGCACAUGAAGACGUUACGAGGUGCCACCAAUCCAUACACAGAAGCAAAUUAUAAGCCGACUUUCCUGUCAGAUGAUGAAUUGAAACACCUCAUUCUCAGGGCAGCAGAUGGAUUUUUGUUUGUCGUAGGAUGUGACCGAGGGAAGAUACUCUUCGUCUCAGAGUCUGUCUUCAAGAUCCUCAACUACAGCCAGAACGAUCUGAUCGGUCAGAGUCUGUUUGACUACCUGCACCCUAAAGAUAUCGCCAAAGUGAAGGAGCAGCUCUCCUCCUCGGACACGGCGCCCCGGGAGCGGCUCAUAGAUGCAAAAACUGGACUUCCAGUUAAAACAGAUAUAACCCCUGGGCCAUCUCGAUUAUGUUCUGGAGCACGACGUUCUUUCUUCUGUAGGAUGAAGUGUAACAGGCCUUCAGUAAAGGUGGAAGACAAGGACUUCCCCUCUACCUGUUCAAAGAAAAAAGCAGAUCGAAAGAGCUUCUGCACCAUCCACAGCACAGGGUACCUGAAGAGCUGGCCACCCACAAAGAUGGGGCUGGACGAGGACAGCGAACCAGACAACGAGGGCUGUAACCUCAGCUGCCUUGUCGCCAUCGGACGCCUGCAUUCUCACGUGGUCCCGCAGCCGGUGAACGGGGACAUCAGGGUGAAAUCCAUGGAAUAUGUGUCUCGGCACGCAAUAGAUGGGAAGUUUGUUUUUGUAGACCAGAGGGCAACAGCUAUUUUGGCAUAUUUACCACAAGAACUUCUAGGCACAUCAUGUUAUGAAUACUUUCACCAAGACGACAUAGGACAUCUUGCAGAAUGUCACAGGCAAGUUUUACAGACGAGAGAAAAGAUCACGACUAAUUGCUAUAAGUUUAAAAUCAAAGAUGGUUCUUUCAUCACGCUCCGGAGUCGAUGGUUCAGUUUCAUGAACCCUUGGACCAAGGAAGUAGAGUACAUCGUCUCAACCAACACUGUUGUUUUAGCCAACGUCCUGGAAGGCGGGGACCCAACCUUCCCGCAGCUCACAGCGUCCCCCCACAGCAUGGACAGCAUGCUGCCCUCUGGAGAAGCCAUAGGUCUGUCUCUCCACCUGCCUCCUGGACAGAGCCACCUGGAGUCUCAAAAGCACCUGAAAUUUAGCCUCUCCAAACCGAUUCUCUGCACUCCUUCAUCUGGUGGCCCAAAGAGGACCCACCCCACUGUUCCAGGGAUUCCAGGGGGAACCAGGGCUGGGGCAGGCAAAAUAGGUCGAAUGAUUGCUGAAGAAAUCAUGGAGAUCCACAGAAUAAGAGGGUCAUCACCUUCCAGUUGUGGCUCCAGCCCAUUAAAUAUCACAAGUACACCUCCCCCUGAUGCCUCUUCUCCAGGAGGCAAGAAGAUUUUAAAUGGAGGGACUCCAGACAUUCCUUCCAGUGGCCUACUACCAGGGCAGGCUCAGGAAAAUCCAGGUUAUCCGUACUCUUCUGAUAGUUCCUCUAUUCUUGGUGAGAACCCUCACAUAGGCAUAGACAUGAUAGAAAACGACCAAGGCUCAAGUAGUCCCAGUAAUGAUGAAGCAGCAAUGGCUGUCAUUAUGAGUCUCUUGGAAGCAGAUGCUGGGCUGGGUGGUCCUGUUGACUUUAGCGACUUGCCAUGGCCGCUGUAAACGCUACGUGUUGCUUUGGCAACAGCUACAGUAUCAAAGUGCAUUACUGGUGGAGUUUUACAGUCUGUGAAGCUUACUGGAUAAGGAGAGAACAGCUUUUAUGUACUGUCUUCAUAAAAGCCAUCUCAGAGCCAUUGAUACAAGUCAAUCUUACUAUGUGUAACUUCAGACAAAGUGGAACUAAGCCUGCUCCAGUGUUUCCUCAUCAUUGAUUAUUGGGCUAGCUGUGGAUAGCUUGCAUUAAUUGUAUAUUUUGGAUUCUGUUUGUGUUGAAUUUUUUAAUCAUCGUGCACAGAAGCAUCAUUGGUAGCUUUUAUAUGCAAAUGGUCAUUUCAGAUGUAUGGUGUUUUUACACUACAAAGAAGUCCCCCAUGUGGAUAUUUCUUAUACUAAUUGUAUCAUAAAGCCGUUUAUUCUUCCUUGUAAGAAUCCUUUACUAUAAAUAUGGGUUAAAGUAUAAUGUAUUAGACAGUUAAAUAUUUUUAAUAAAUGUUUCCCUUGUUCUAUAAA